CCUUCCAAAGGCCACACUGCCUGCUCCUUUUAUAUUUUGCUUUCGCCUCUCAAACUCUUCCACCAACCUCCUCUCGCACUCUCCGCCACCUUCUUCCCUAAUUCUCUCGCUAUCUCUCUCUCCCCGUGAAAAAAAAAGAAAUGGCGACUGUGCAAAUCUCCUCCACUAGCAUGACCAAGGCGGUUCUUAGAAGCCAGACAACCAACAAGCUUAUUGCCAACAAGAGCUACAACUUAUCCAUUGGAUCAACGAAAAAGGUUUCGAGAUCAUUUGGUUUGAAAUGCUCAGCGAAUUCUGGUGCCAUGAUGUCAGCGGUAUACAAGGUUAAGCUCUUAGGACCCGAUGGUCAAGAAAAUGAGUUUGAGGUGCAAGAUGACCAAUACAUCUUGGAUGCAGCUGAAGAGGCAGGAGUUGACUUGCCUUACUCUUGCAGAGCCGGUGCGUGUUCCACUUGCGCUGGUCAGAUUGUGUCGGGCAACGUUGACCAGUCGGAUGGUUCGUUUCUCGAGGAUAGCCACUUGGAGAAGGGUUAUGUGUUGACUUGUGUGGCUUACCCGCAGUCAGACUGUGUGAUCCAUACCCACAAGGAAACUGAACUCUUCUAAGUCAAGUCUCUAUUUGGUAAUGAUGAAAAUUGUUAUUUGAGUGAUCUUUUUGAGUUAUUAUUAUCAGUUUCGUUCUACAAGAUUGUGUGGUUUUAAGGUAUGCAUUUGUAUGAAAAUGACUCAAGAUAUGCCUUUUAGUGUUCAUGAAUUGUGACCGGGUCGCAACUGGUUAAUAAAAUGGUUAAAGUUUCAACCAAUCA